AUGUUAAAUGAAAAUAUAAUACGUCCGAGUACUUCACCAUGGAGUAGUCCUAUCUGGGUAGUCCCUAAAAAAGUAGACGCCUCCGGCAAACAAAAAUGGCGCGUCGUUAUUGAUUAUCGUAAACUGAAUGAUAUAACCAUAGGUGAUAGUUAUCCUUUACCUAACAUUACAGAUAUACUCGACAAGUUAGGACAUUCUGUUUACUUCACUACUUUAGAUCUCGCCUCUGGAUUCCACCAAAUCGAACUCGAAUCAAACGAUAUUCCUAAAACUGCCUUUAAUACUCCGUAUGGACAUUAUGAAUUUUUAAGAAUGCCAUUUGGAUUAAAGAAUGCUCCAGCAACUUUUCAACGUGCUAUGGAUAGCGUACUCUAUGGAUUACAAGGUGAACGUUGCUUUGUUUUUUUAGAUGACAUAGUAGUCUUCGCCUCUAGUUUACAAGAACACGAACAAAAGCUAUACGAAGUCUUCAAUCGACUUAGGAAAAAUGGCUUAAAAGUUCAACCAGAUAAGUGUGAAUUCCUUAGGAAAGAAGUAGCCUAUCUAGGGCAUAUAAUUUCUAGCGAAGGUGUAAAACCUAAUCCUGAUAAAGUUCACGCAGUCGAUAAUUUUCCAGUUCCCAAAUCAUGCAAAGACAUCAAGUCUUUCCUUGGCCUAACCGGCUAUUAUCGCCGUUUCAUUUCUAAUUUUAGUAGUCUAACAAAACCUUUAACUAGUCUCCUUAAGAAAGAUGUUCCUUUUGUUUGGGGUGAAACUCAACAAUCAGCCUUUGAAGAAUGCAAACGUCUCCUUACCAAUCCUCCUAUUUUACAAUAUCCUGAUUUUACUAAAGAAUUUAUUUUAACAACAGACGCUUCUCUUCAUGCGAUUGGCGCUGUUUUAUCGCAAGGGCAAAUAGGUAAAGAUCUACCUAUUGCGUAUGCAUCACGUACUCUCAACAAAGCAGAAUCAAAUUAUUCCACCAUUGAACGUGAAUUAUUAGCCAUAGUUUGGGCUGUUAAGCAUUUUCGUCCCUAUUUAUUUGGUAGAAAGUUCAAGAUCGUUACCGAUCAUAAACCAUUAACAUGGCUUUUCUCUAUAAAAGACCCUGGUAGUCGUCUCGUUCGCUGGCGUCUCAAACUCGAAGAAUAUGAAUACGAAGUAAUUUAUAAAGCUGGUAAAAAUAAUACUAAUGCCGACGCACUCUCUAGGCCCUCAAUUCUUAACACAAAUACUAUUGACUUAACUUGUGACAAAAAUACUGAUAAGAACGAAAUCGAUUCUCACGACGACUAUUUACAAUUAAACUAUCAACACUUUACAGAAAUUUCAGAUUAUAGUUUCGACACUCCAAAUCUACAUAUUUCACCAGAUAAGCUGUUAGACGAACGACAUAAAGACAUAUUUAUUGCUAUUUCUUGUGACAUUUCCGAUAAGAACAAUCUUUACAACGAAGCUAUUUCAAUGUGUUCUCAAGUGGAACCAUUUCUAAAAAAGUCUAAAGCACUCUACGAAACUGACUUAUUGGUUUCCAACAAAAAACAAAACAUUUACUUUAACUAUUCUCGACCCUUAUAUUUCGAUCCUUGGGAUUCUGAAAGUUAUUUUAAGUCACUUCUUAGCUGUUUACAGAAUAACGAUUUGAAAUCACUUUACGUACCUGACUUAAAAGAUGACGCAACUUGUAAAUUAAAAGGCAAUGAACAACUACAUAUUACAUCUUAUUUAGCAGACAUUUAUAAUUGUAAGAUUACUAUCUGUGAAAACAAAGUGAAGACUCCUAAUCCUGAAGAUAUUCCUUCUAUUUUAAAAUCUUUUCAUGAUGACCCUUUGUCUGGUCACCGUGGUAUAGUUGAAACCACACGAAAAAUAAGAUCAGAGUAUUUUUGGAAAGGUAUGACCGACACUAUUAAAAAUUACAUUGACAAAUGUCAAAUUUGCCAACGGAGUAAGAUACAAAGAAAAACUUAUAAAGCUCCAAUGGUAAUAACUUCAUCAUCCACUGAACCUUUUGAACGUGUCUCUAUCGACUUAGUUUCUUAUUCAGAAGUAACCCAUGACUCUAAUAAGUACAUCUUAACCUUACAAGAUGAUUUAACAAGGUUGGUACAAGCUUAUCCUAUUGUAGAUAAACAAGCAAUUACCGUAGCAAAGACUCUAUUAAUCUUCUGUCAACAUUACGGCGUUCCCAAACGAUUUCACUCAGAUCAAGGAACAGAAUUUGUAAAUAGCAUCAUAAAACAAUUAAUGAAAUUGUUAGGUUCAAAUCAUACAUUGAGCACAGCUUACCACCCUCAAAGUAAUGGUUCUAUAGAACGUUUCCAUGCUACUCUUAGAGAUCAUAUACGAUCGUAUCAUAAGAGAAAUAAUUGCAAUUGGGAUCAAAUAAUUCCUUUCGCAGUUAUAUGUCAUAACACAGCAGUUAAUCAAUCAUUGGGUUUCACGCCUCAUGAAUUACUUUUUGGGUAUAAACCUCGAUCACUCUACUCUCUAAAAGAAUUAAACGAAUAUACAACCUGUGAUUAUUUACAUGAUCUUAAUGAACGACUCAAAGUUUCUCGUGACGUUGCUUUACGUAACUUACAAGCGAUGAAGGAAAAAGCUAAAGAACGUUAUGAUAAAAAUAUUAGAAACAUCGCUAAGUAUAACGUAGGCGAUUACGUAAUGCUCAAGGUGCCUAACCCUAAUAACUUAGAUUCGAAAUGGGAAGGUCCUUAUCUUAUUGUCAGAAUAGGAUUCAAUGAAAAUUACAUUAUCAGAAAGAAUGGAAGAAACCAAAUAGUGCAUGCAAAUCGUUUAAGACCAUCGCACGAUACAUAA